AUGAGUAAGAGAGUGGCUUUCAGCCCUGAUGUCAACAACAACAAGCACGGCGGCAGUGCUGGCAUCAAAGUUGGCGGAAAGAAGAGGAGGGUGGUCGGAAUCUGGAUUUUCCGAGCAUCCAAACACUCCAACUUUUCACCCGUAGGGUUUCUAAGGAGAAUUGGAGCUACAGUUUUGAGGUUUGUCUCUUCAAGAAAGAGGUCUUCACGUAAAGUUUCUUCGUCGAGUUUGUCUAGGUCGAGGUCUUGUGCAGAAACAGUUGAUUCUCAUCGAGCCGAAGCCAUUGAGGAUUGUAUCGAGUUCUUGAAUUCUUCUUCUUCUUCUUCUUCCUUGCAGAGAUCAUAUUCAGUCUCCGCAAGUUCUUGCUAA